AUGGGGGAGACCAAAAUUAUUUACCACCUCGACGACCAGGAAACACCCUAUCUGGUGAAACUGUCUGUGCCUGCGGACAGGGUCACUCUUGCGGACUUCAAAAAUGUCCUGAAGAAACCCAACUACAAGUUCUUCUUCAAAUCUAUGGAUGAUGACUUCGGGGUGGUAAAGGAGGAAAUUUCAGACGACAACGCUAAGCUGCCCUGUUUUAAUGGACGUGUGGUAUCAUGGCUGGUCUCUGGAGACGGGGCCCACUCAGAUGGAGGCUCAGUGGCCGACAGUUUAGAACCGCCGCCCCCUCUGGAGAGGACCGGGGGCAUCGGAGAUUCCAGACCCCCUUCCUACCAUGGGAAAGCAGCAAGUGGCCGGGACACUCUGGACAAUGACACAGAGACGGGCUCCAUUGUGUCGCAGAGGAGAGAGAGGGAGAGGCCGCGACGGAAACACAACAACGACCACGGUGGGCGGCAGAAUGGGUACUCGUCGCGAGCCAUGGGCCGCGGUGGUGCCGAGUACGACAGCUGCUCCUCCUUCAUGAGCAGCGAGCUGGAGUCUACUUCCUGCUUUGAUUCAGAGGACGACGACGCCACCAGCAGGUUUAGCAGCUCUACUGAGCAGAGCUCUUCUCGUCUAAUGAGACGACACCGUCGUCGCCGGCGGAAACCGAAGACCUCCAAUAUGGACAGGUCCUCAUCAUUCAGCAGCAUCACAGACUCCACAAUGUCUCUGAACAUCAUCACUGUUACUCUCAACAUGGAGAAGUACAACUUCCUGGGUAUCAGUAUUGUGGGCCAGAGUAAUGAGAGAGGAGAUGGAGGAAUCUACAUUGGCUCCAUCAUGAAGGGAGGAGCUGUGGCCGCAGACGGACGCAUAGAGCCUGGGGACAUGUUGCUGCAGGUGAACGACAUCAACUUUGAGAACAUGAGUAAUGAUGAUGCAGUUCGAGUACUGAGAGACAUUGUACACAAGCCAGGCCCCAUUACCCUGACUGUAGCCAAGUGCUGGGACCCAAACCCUCGUAGCUGCUUCGCUCUUCCAAGGAGUGAGCCAAUCCGGCCCAUCGACCCUGCUGCAUGGGUGUCCCACACAGCGGCCAUGACGGGGGUGUAUCCUGCAUAUGGCAUGAGCCCCUCAAUGAGCACCGUCACCUCCACCAGCUCCUCCAUCAGCAGCUCUAUCCCUGAAACUGAACGGUUCGAUGAUUUCCACCUCUCCAUCCACAGUGACAUGGCAACGGUUGCUAAGGCCAUGGCCUCCCCAGAGUCAGGCCUGGAGGUGCGGGACAGGAUGUGGCUCAAGAUCACCAUUGCUAAUGCAUUUAUUGGUUCUGACGUGGUGGAUUGGUUGUUCCAUCAUGUGGAAGGGUUCUCAGAUCGCCGCGAGGCCCGCAAGUACGCCAGCAACCUGUUGAAAGCUGGCUAUAUCCGGCACACCGUCAACAAGAUCACUUUCUCUGAACAGUGCUACUACAUCUUCGGAGACCUCUGUGGCAACAUGACCCACCUCUCCCUCCAUGACCAUGACGGUUCCAGUGGUGGUGCUUCAGAUCAGGACACUCUCCCCCCUUUGCCUCAUCCUGGGGCAGCUCCCUGGCCAAUGGCCCUGCCCUACCAGUUCCCAAUCCCACACCCCUACAACCCCCAGUCCUCUCAUGACCUGCCCCAGCCCUACCUCGGUGGGGCGGGCGCCGGCAGUGCAGGAAGCCAGCACAGCGGAAGCAGUGGCUCUAACUGCAGUAAGAAUGAGGGUCGUAAAUCUGGUGGCAGUGGCAGCGAAUCAGAGAUCAGGAGCCAGCGGGCCCCAAGUGAGCGCUCGAUGGCUCCCCCCAGUGAGCGAAGCAUCCGCAGCUCCAUCAGCCACCGCAGUGCCCACUCCCACUCAAUUGCCUACGGCCCCGGCCUCGUCUAUGGCCCCCCUGGCCUGCCCCCUCAACCUCCACACCUGCCCACAGCUGCCCCCGGCGCCCCACCUGGCCGAGAGCUGGCCUCUGUACCACCCGAGCUCACUGCAUCUCGCCAGUCCCUGCGCAUGGCUGUGGGAAACCCCGGGGAAUUCUUUGUUGACGUGAUGUGAUGCAGGUCUCUGGCCAAUCACAAAACAGCAGAUUGUGCUUUCUGUUGUUGUAGUAGUGCUGAGAAGGACAAUUAGGACAGGAGGGAGGAAAAAUUGCAAAAGCAGUAACUUAAUGGCUCGACUCCAGUUCUUAAGAUCAGAAAUGGAACCAAGCUUAUCUUUGCUGAGAUAACAUUUUCCUCCUCUCUUGUGCAUAUCUUCCUAGUAGUAGCGGCCAUACUUUCUUCAGUGAAGAAAACUCCCUUCCUCAAGAUGGAACCAAAGCGCCUUUCUCAGUUUCGUUUCCCUGGUGGGGAAGAGUUUGUGUCAGGACAAAGAACAAGGGAGGGAGGCAGGGGGAACUGGCAGCUGGGGAAGAUGACUCGGCGCUUUUCUACUUGGAUGUUUUUCAUUUGUUCUUCUCUUCACUUUCCUACUUCUCUACUUAUCUUAACGUUCUCUGUCCUCCCCCACCCCUGUCCACUGCAGAUUAACCAGGGGAGGGAAGUUGAAACUGAGAGAAAAAAAGCCUCUUCCCUCCUUCCUUUCUUUCACCCCCCACCUCGCUGACCUCUAACAACAGAUCAUGUCAGCGGGAAAAAACAGUGAAAGAAAGCUGGAAAGAACACUAACUGUUAACCUUAUUCAGACUUCUUAAAUGUUUGCUUGACGUAAGAGAGAAAGAAAUGGAAAAAGUUGUAUGUAGUGCAAGAGAAUCGAGGUCCUUUCUGUAAGAAUGCAUUUGUUUUAUUAUAUACGUAGCUGGUUCACAAAUAGUUUCAUUUUUCAACACUAAACAUGAGCAUCCAGCUUCAAGAGUCAUUUUUAAACUACAUAACUGCAUUUUCAUCUGUUAGCCAGAGCAUUUUCAGCCUCUGUCUUGUGAUAAUGUAUAGUGGAAAAAUUUCUUACCAUGUCUUUCACACUACUCUUUUAUCAAGGAAAAAAUUUCUUUUAUUUAUAAAUAUAGUUUUAUGACUUAACUUUG